AUGAAUUCUCGUUGUGGGAGUGCUGAAUUUGUUACAUCAAAAGAAGUAGAGUCUAGUGAUAGAAUAGAUGAAACUCAAAGUGGAGAGACAACAAAUAAGAAAAGGAGAAGAUCUCUUGCAUGGGAUUACUUUACUUUGCAAACGAUUGACAAUGUAUUGAAAGCAGUGUGCAGUCACUGCGGGAGGCACAUGGCGGCAGGAAAAAAUAAGGGGACUAAGCAUUUAAAUCUUCAUGUAGAUCGAUGUCCAGUGUUGAAAGAACAACGUGCAAAUGCCAUUGCAAGUCCUGUAGUCACCUACAAUCUUGAUCAAGAACUAGGAAGAAAAAAGUUAGCUCAUAUGAUUAUUCUACAUGAGUACCCUUUAUUGAUGGUUGAACACAGUGGAUUUAUAGAUUUUGCAAACACGAUUUCUCCUAUGUUUCAAUUGAUGUCAAGGAAUACAAUAAGGUCUGACAUUAUGAAGAUACAUAAGCUUGAGAAGGAAAAAUGUGGAGAAAUUUUGAAGAAAAAUAAAGGUAGAAUAGCUUUAACCACCGAUAUGUGGACUGCCAAUCAUCAAAAGAGAGGAUACAUGGCUGUUACAGGUCAUUUAUAG